AUAUAACCUUUGUUUUAAGUUUACCUGCGGAUGAAUAUCUUGAUUCCCUUGCAACUCCGUCUGUUUAUUUUAUCCUACACGACUCUAGCAGAAUCGUGAAUCCUUUUAGGUAUGGUAUUCACAUAAAAGCACCAGGAAAUCAUCUAAUACAAGUCAAUGAUUACAUCGAGCAAUAUCUACUUCCCUAUCCAUAUGAUACAAAUUGUCUAUUGCUAAAUCUUGAAGUCGAUACGGAUGAAAACUUUGACUCAAUGGACUGCCUAGAAAAUUGCAACUUUAAUCUUCACAUGGAGCAAUAUGGUUGUGCACCACGUUCAAUAAGUAUUAGUCACAUGGCGAGAUUGUGUAAGAAAGGUGUAAAAGUGACACAGCGAAAUAAUGACAUUUGUAUAAAAAAGUGCAAUCGUAUGCCUUGCAUAUCUCGAAUGUUUAAAUUUAAGCACCUAAAGAAUAAAAUACUGGAUAAAAACUAUACUUAUCAAGAAAUGAAACAGAAAUCGAUUGGACUUUAUGAAAUUACCCGAAAUAUAAUGAUCUCUGUGUCAUUCAGGAAUAUGAAGGCUAGAAUUACAAAGUUAAUUCCAAAAAUGGUGCCUAUCGACUUGUUUAGCAACAUCGGAGGAUUCUUGGGUAUUUGGAUUGGUUCUUCUCUCAUAUCUCUUUCUGAUUUAUUGUAUAGACUGACUGAUUACAUUGUGUUUCAUGUAAAAAAGAACAAGUACUGAAAAGCCAUGGCAGCAUCACGAUUGUGAGAAUUCAACAGAAGCAAUGUUUUUCACCAAAUGCAAAAUUAUUUUCGCUUGUUUGUUCGAUAUCUUAUACAGACUAUCUGAUUCUAUAUUCUUCUACAGCAAGAGUAGCAUGCAAUGCAUAGCAUAAAUUGAAAAUUUUAACUUUAUUCUGAAAAACUAGAUUAUAUAUAAAGUGCCUGAAAUUAGAAAUGAGACACAAUACAUGUGCCUGACUGUAUUCACUGUUUUCAUACACGAUCCACAAUUGGAUCUACUGUUUUCAUACAUGAUCCACGAUUGAAACCUCUUAUUUUUUACCCGAUCCACCAUUGAAUCCACUGUUUUCAUACACGAUCCACAAUUGGAUCUACUGUUUUCAUACAUGAUCCACGAUUGAAACCUCUGUUUUUAUACCCGAUCCACCAUGGGAUCCACUGUUUUCAUACACAAUUCACUGUUGAAUUUGUAGCUUCAGAAACAAAGUGUCCUGAAUACGAUUUGUGCGACAUUUUGUCUCUUGGUUCGUUUUUAAAGAGCUCCUCAA